CACUCUCAGCACUUUGGUUCCUGUCUGCGAGCAGUUCAGUGGUCUCUCUUGGCUUCUUCCCCCGUGUUCCCUUGGCAACAUUUCAAAGUGCAUGCAGAUAUUUGGGGUCAGUGAUGGAGUUCUGGCCGACCCUGGCCCAGAUCCUGCUGAUGAGCAACCUCGCGGACCGGCUGCAAAUGGUGCAGAUGCGGGAUUUCAGCAUGAAGGACAUCAUUCACCUGCACCCUUCAACAACACCUCAUCCUGGAGGAUUCAAGUGCUUCACAUGUCAAGAUGCUGCAGAUAACUACGAGUGUAACCGCUGGGCACCGGACGUGUAUUGUCCACAAGACAGCAGGUACUGUUACACCACCCACGUGAUGGAUCGCCAUGGCAACAGCAUCUCCGUGACCAAGCGGUGUGUCCCCCCGGAGGCGUGUCUGUUGACGGGCUGUGCUGACGACCACGACGUUGGCCGCCAGGUGUGCUCGUCCUGCUGCCGGGGGAACAUUUGCAACGUGGCGCUCCCCAGAAACCACAGUGCCGCCCUUUUCUCCUCCACGUCCCCUCUGGGCAGCGCGGCGGCCGCGCGACGUCACGCACGGACAUGGAGUGACGUCAUCAUCAUUGGCGUCCUCGCGCUAGGAUGUCGAUGA